AUGGUACUGCCCAUUGCUGACCAGAGCGAUACAGAUAGAGCGACUGAUCUUCGAAGACGCGAAAAGAUUAAGGAGAUGAUGCUUCAUGCCUGGAAGAACUAUGAAAAGUUUGCUUGGGGGUCGAAUGAGUUACGACCGAUCGCACGACGUGUACAUUCGGGUGGCGUUUUUGGAGCACACAAACUGGGAGCCACAAUUGUUGAGAGCUUGGACACCCUGUAUAUUAUGGGUUUGGAGGAACAGUAUAAACGGGGCCGUGAUUGGGUUAAUACUCAUCUAACAUUGGAUAAAAUUAAUAAGACUCUGCCAGUAAAAGAUCUGAAUUCAUGCUUCUUGGGUUCCAUGCUAACUCUUUAUAGCUUUACAGGCGAUGUUAUGUAUUUGAAAAAGGCUGUGCAUAUAGCUGAUAAGUUGCUACCGGCUUUCGAAACCCCCACUGGAGUACCCCAACCAAAGAUUAACGUUGUGACGGGCAGUCUUCAAGAAGGUCCUUUUGGCAAUACUUAUCUCGCGGACUUUGGAGCUCUUUAUUUGGAAUUUUAUUAUUUAAGCGAUCUCACUGGGAAUUCGACAUACAGAGAGCGAGUCGAGACAAUUCGUAAUGUCCUUAGGAAAAUGGAUAAGCCAAAAGGACUCUAUCCUGUUACAUUUAAUCCCAGGACUGGAAAAUGGGGCCGAAUUUUGCAUAGUUCAAUGGGAAAGUUUGGUGGCCGCUUCUAUGAUUAUCUAAUUAAAGCAUGGAUGCAAUCCGAUUAUACUGACAAGGAGUCUAGUGAAAUGUAUAAGGAUGCUGUGACUGCCAUUAUAUCAAAUAUGUUGGCUUUUACACCCAAAGGAAAGUCCUAUAUUUCGGAUUGGAAGUAUGGAAACUUGACCAACCAAAUGGAGCAAUUUUCUUGCUUCUCGGGAGGACUUCUCGUUUUAGGUGCGGUUCAAGGAAUACACGUACAUUCUGCGAAAUACGCCGAAGUGGGAGAGUCCAUUGUUGAACUCUGCAGGCAAAGUUUCAAGCAAUCGCCCACUCAUCUGGGACCUGAACUCAUUGGAUUCACCAAAGAAUCACAGAACAAUAUAUCUCUCCGACAGAAAUUAUACUACACUUUGCGCCCUGAAGUCAUCGAAUCAUAUCUUAUUUUCUGGCGUCUAACACAUCAGCAAAAAUAUCGAGAUUGGGGUUGGGAAAUUGUGGAAGCAUUGGAGAAAUACUGUCGUACUCCAAAUGGCUAUUCGGGAUUACAAAACGUUUUCAACGACAAGCCACAACACGAUGAUGUUCAAAGAAGUGUUUUCUUGGGCCAAACCCUCAAGUAUUUGUAUCUUUUGUUCUCAGAUGACUUUGUUUUGGCCAUAGGGGACUGGAUCUUUAACAGCGCUGGACAUCCGUUGCCCAUGAAAGGAGGAAGUGAUUAUUAUCGUACACCAGUCAAAUUGUAG